AUGCCGGACACGUAUCCACCGCUACAGCGUUUGUUAAAUCUAAUUGUUGGGAUGAAUCGGUUGAACAAACCUUUGGAAUCUCUUCCAAACAAUAAAUCAUAUGAUCCAAGUAGAUGGGAGCGUGGAAAUGAUAAGGAUGGAAAUGCUGAAUCAAGUGAUAACAAUGAUGAACAGGCAGAGUAUUUACUCCGAAUGCAGCCUCGAUUGACAGCAUCACAUUUGUUGAUUUGUUUCGGUGGGGAGAAAUUGCUAAAAUUGCAGUCUUUCAUUAGCUCGAAAGACCUUACGGUGGCGGAAACGGCGCGUCUGUUGGAGGCAAAUCUUCGACUUGAAGAACGUGGCCUUUCAGAAGAUACCUUUAUACGGCGUUUACGAACUAGAACUUAUUGCCAGCAUAAAAUUUCUUUGGACAGGUCUACAGUUUUGGAUAAAAAACCAGAACCUUGCAGCAUAUGCUUGGUUGAUUACGAGGAUCAAGACAAGGUUGUCUUGUUGUACUACUGUAAGCAUUUUUAUCAUGUGGAGUGCAUAAAGAAGUGGCUUCUACGAAAGAAUCAAUGCCCUACUUGUAAGAGUUUAGCUUUUAUUCCACAACACUUGCCAGAUUGGGAAGGAGAUAUUGAAUAUCAUCAAUCUUACUUCAACCGUUUUUAUUACAUGAAAUACGAAUAA